CGGCAAUACUCCUGGCAAAGAAAAAGCUAUCAGCUAGUCAAACAGAACGCACUUAGUUGAAGCACCAAUGCUGCUUCGAUGUCGCUAAUGCUCGGAUCUACUCCGCGUUCAUUACCAGCACGGUUGGUUCAUCAUCGCCUCAAAGAAAAUCGUGUUCCUUCCAUCAUUCGAAGGUCGGUCGCAAAGACAGCUUCUAGUGCCCGCCCUAUAGCCUACACCUGGCUCACACAGACCCCGGGUGCGAUUACUUCAGACGACGUUCUCGCGAAUACACCCUCCACCCUAGAACCUCUCACACAACGCGAUUAUGUUCCUAUUUUCCUCGUUACCUCGGCCUUCGCAUCAUGGAUCGACUUGUCAUCUCAUACAUUCCCUGAACGUUGGGUGAAUCAAUACUUCUCAGGGUUCACUCAGCCAGUACAUUCCAUAUUCGCGAUUGUCGAUAAGCUACCUGAUAGUCGACCACAAGUGCCGCAGGACAGUCAGAUUCCUCGCGCCCAGGAAGCGGACGGAAUAUCAGUGCUCUUGGUAGACCGGGACAAUGUACAGGGUCAACUCGCCGCGCCUCGCCGCCCACGAAGCAUGGAGGCCACAGAAGCCGGACUCGUAUUCUCGAUACCAAGGAGUCAUACCCAGGCGACGAAUGCAAGAUCUCGGAAGCCGCUCCAUGAGGUAGGCCUGCGACUUGCAAAUACGAUCUUCAUCAAUGGGAAGGAGAACACUCUAUUUGGCGCCCGCUGGGUAUACGAUACUGCAGCGAAGAAAUAUACUUUAGACAACGCGCUGGAUCUAUCGAACUGUAUCGUCACCUCACCAACAGCAAAUGUCAGCGACUCCUUCAAGUUUCCAUUACACCCCGUUGGGCAAAGGAGGAGGGUUAUAUCGAGCAUGGGAAACAUCCUCCGUCAACUGUCAAAACAUACAGAUAACCAUUCAAUGGACCCAAUGCCAGCUUCUCUGGAGCUGGAGAAGGAUCUCCCUCGCUAUAUUGCGGAACACAACAUUGCCGACCAGAGGGUCUCCGUCUGGGCUUUGAUUGAGACUUCCGAGGAGGGCUACACAGCAGGCAAGGGCGCUUCUCAAGAAAGCCUCAUUGAGGCGAUCCGGAAGGGCGGUAAACUCCACCGAGUGAUGAGCGGCGGAGGGGGAUGGGGCAAGAAGCAGGGCCUCCUUUCAUUAGACCCUGAAACCACUUUCAUGGAAACAGGCCAGAAGCACAGGCUGCUGGGGCUAGAAGGGCUAUUCAACGCAGACAACGCGAAUAUCUCGUUUGAUUCAUCGCCGCCGCCACCGUCGUUCGAAAUGCGCGGGUUCGGGGAAGACCUGUCUACGCUCUCGCAGGCUGCGGGAUCUGGUGACUAUAUCCAAUUCUUCGUCUCCGUCGAACCCGGUCAGUCGGACUGGGCUGCGCCAGAGACUCAGAGUAAUUCCUUUCAUUUCGGGGUUGUAUCAGACGCGGAGGCUGUCCCUAUGCAAAGCGAGACUGCCAAGCAGAAAGACCUUGUGGUGGUGCCUGGCUACUUUGGUGGACUGUCAGAGAAAGCUAUAACCUAUAUGCAGCCUAUCGCUGGACAAGGGUCGAAUGGUGAGGUGCACGAAUCAAGCUCCAAAUUCGACAUCCCUGGGUGUCGGGUGGCAUUGAUGCUAGAUUAAUAGUCUACUCAUAG